AUGAAGGCAGGGAUGUUGAUGCAAUUCAUACUGCAGAAAUAAAAAGAACCCAUCAUGAAGGUAGACAUGCUGAAGGUUGUCAACAAAAUGUACAGGGAACAAUUCCCUGAGAUCCUAAGGAGAGCCACUGAGCACAUGGAACUGGUCUGCGGCCUUGACUUGAAGGAAGUCAAGCCGGGUGGUGAUUCCUAUGCCCUUGUCAGCAAGCUAGAUCUCACCGAUGAUGGGCAUCGGAGCAGUGGCGGGCGGUUUCGGAAGAAUGGGCCCCUGAUGCCUCUCCUCGGUGUGAUCUUCUUGCAUGGCGACCGCGCCUCUGAGGAGGAGAUCUGGGAAUUCCUGAAUGUUUUGGGUGUUUUUGAUGGAAGGAGGCACUUCAUCUUGGUGGAGCCCAGGAAGCUUAUCACAGAAGAUUUGGUGCGAAAAUACCUGGUGUAUCAUCAGAUGCGCGACAGCGCAAGAGCCCAAGCUGAAACCAGCAAGAUGAAAGUCCUGGAGUUUUUGGCCAAGGUCGAUGAUAGGGUCCCCAGUGCCUUCCCAUCCUGGUAUGAAGAGGCUUUGAGAGAUGAGGGAGAGAGAGCCCGAGCCAGGGCUGCAGCCAGGGCUGGCACUACUGCCAUGGCCAGUGCACAUUCCAGGGCCACAUCCAGUCGCUCCUGUCACCCCUAGUGAGGUAGAGGCCGAUUCUUCACUUUGUGGUUGGUAAAGCCUGUUAACCAGUGUUCCUGA